GGGGGGGGGGGCAAACGCUCGCAUUUGCCACUCCUGGCGAGGCAAAGCCUCUCCAACUUUCUCCUAACGAAAACCACGCCACGAGAAGGAAGUGAGCCAACGACGCUGGAAUUUUUUGAAAAUUUCAGAGAAAAUUUACCGGAGGAGUUCGAAUUUCUUUCGGGUAUGAGGAGGAGAGUUGCACUGAGCACGGCGAUUGCGUUGUUAGUGGGUGCUCAAUUAUGUGUGGCGGCGGAGGUGGAGGUCGCCGGCGCCGGCGGUGGGGUUGUGCGGCGGCGGUCGCUCCACCAGCCGUUCUUCCCAAUCGAGUGGUCGCCGCCGCCGCCGAUGUCCGGGAGCGAGGCCGUCCCGCCGCCGCCGCCUGCGGCCGCGGCGUCGGCCACCACCGGCGGGGGGCGGUCGACGACCACCGUCAUGAACACCGUCGCCAUCGCGCUCUCGGCGGGCCUCGUGGCGCUCGCGGUGGCGUCCUACUCCUGCUGCCUCCUGCUGCGGCGACGACGACGCGAGGAGGAGGACGACGGCGACCGCGCCGCGAAGCGGGCGGUGGGGGCGGCGGCGGCGGUGGCGGCGAGAGUCCCUAGCGAUGUCGGGAGCAGCUCCCGCCAGCACCGGUCGCCGCCGCCGAGCUCGACGGCGUCGGACGCGAUAUACCUCGACCCGCUCACGACGCUGGUGGAGGUGCGCCAGCACGAAAAGAGCCCGGACCUCCGCCCGCUCCCGCUGCUGAAGCAGCCGAGCCCUGACCUCCGGCCGUUGCCGCCGCUGAAGCGGCCGGAAUCGCAACCCCCGCCUCCGCCACCGUCCACUCCGCCGUUGACCACCACGGGGUAUUCCACCGACGAGGAGGACCAGGCCACGUACUACACCGCGCCGAAGACCGCCAUGUCGUCGUUCAGCCGGAGCACGAGCCAGCACAGCACGCUGGAACAAACAGCCAUGCCGCCCAUGGCCGCGCCUGCACCGCCGCAAACCAAUCCCCCACGACCUGUUCGUCCGCCACCGCCGCCGCCCCCGCCGAGGCAGAGGCUGCUCCGGCCGCUCCCGGCAGAAUCGCCGCCGCCCGCCGCGCUGGCCAAUCUGGAACUAACCGGUUCCCCCGUCAAACCCGCUGUUGAAGACAGGGGAGGCGAGAAUUCCGGCGCCGCGCGGCCGCCCAAGCCGCCGCACCUGAAGCCGCUGCACUGGGACAAGCUCCGGGCAAUCUCCGGCCGCACCACCGUGUGGGAUCAGGUCAAGAACUCCGACACAUUCCGCGUCGACGAGGAGGCGAUGGAGAGCUUGUUCCUGAACAGCGGCGGCGGCGGCGCGGGGAGCUCGGACCCGGCGGCGAGGAGGGGGGGAUCCGGGAAGCAGGAGAGGCGGUUGCUUGACCCGAAGCGGCUGCAGAACGUCGCGAUCAUGCUCAAAUCGCUCAACGUGGCCGCCGACGAAGUGAUUGGUGCACUCGUGCGUGGAAAUCCUGAAGAUUUAGGAUCUGAGUUCUAUGAAACACUAGCUAAGAUGGCACCAACAAAAGAAGAAGAAUUGAAACUAAAAGGUUAUAGUGGCGAUUUGUCAAAAAUUGAUCCAGCAGAGCGCUUUCUGAAAGAUGUACUUGGAGUUCCUUUUGCCUUCGAGAGAGUGGAUGCGAUGCUGUACAGAGCAAAUUUUGACAAUGAAGUGAAUUAUUUAAGGAAAUCUUUUGGAACAUUGGAGGCAGCCUGUGAAGAGUUAAGAAGCAGCAAACUUUUUUUGAAGCUGCUAGAUGCAGUUCUAAAAACCGGGAACCGCAUGAAUGAUGGAACCAAUCGAGGCGAGGCGAGGGCUUUCAAGCUUGAUACUCUCCUAAAGCUUGCAGACAUCAAGUCAACAGAUGGUAGAACGACAUUGCUUCACUUCGUGGUUAAAGAGAUCAUCCGAUCAGAAGGCUUCGAUUCUGAUCAGAGCGCGGUUAAUCCUGGCAGCGGCAGCAAGGAACAGUUCAAAAGGGACGGCUUGAAAUUACUUGCAGGGCUCAGCAGUGAGCUCUCCAACGUGAAGAGAGCGGCCACACUGGAGAUGGACACACUGAGCGGCAACAUCCUGAGGCUCGAAGCCGAUCUCGAGAAGGUGAAGCUUGUCCUACAGCUCAAGGAGACUUGCUCAGAUCAAGGCGCGAGCGAGAACUUCUUCCAGGCAAUGGUUGUCUUCCUCAGAAGAGCAGAGGCAGAGAUCAAGAACAUGAAAACCGCAGAGGAGAACGCGUUGCGCCUCGUGAAGGAGACGACGGAGUACUUCCAUGGCGACGCCACCAAGGAGGAGCCUCACCCUCUGAGGAUAUUCGUGGUGGUGGAUGAAUUCCUCCUGAUACUGGACCGUGUUUGCAGGGACGUCGGCAGGACGCCGGAGAGGGUGAUGAUGGGCUCCGGUAAGUCGUUCCGCGUCCCUGCAGGUACCUCAUUGCCGCCUCAUCGGAAUGAGAACCGGCGAGUUCUUAGCUCCUCCGAUGAGGACAGCUCGUCAUCUUAGGAGCAAACAUUUUUGGUGCAUAGGUUAGCUGAUAAGAUUUGAGAGUAGUGAUUCUUCCGGAGCUGAACAUUGUGGUGUAUAGACUGUAAUCACCGUCAGAAAUAAGGGAGUCGUCACUGUCUGUCACUGUUAAAAGUAGAUGUUUACCAAAGCUAAAGAAAGGUAGCUGUACAAACUACAAAGGCAUUCAGUAUUAUGGUAGUAUGUUCUUACCAUUCAGCUCAAAUAGCAUCUGUUUGAGAAUUAUCAUAUUAAGAGAAAAUAUAUUUGUUGGAAGUGUAACUUCAGUUUUCUUUUCAA